AUGAGGCCAAUAAACGCUGAUAACCCAAGAGAGCUGGAAAAAUUCAACGACAUAGUGGAGAGGACUGUGGUUUCUUUAAAGGAAAAUAAGAAGUUUGCUGACCUGAAAGGAGGAACAUUGUGUGCAAUUGUGCUGGAAAAACUUCCUCAAGCUCUACUUAGCCAGUACUACCAAUGGAUUAAAGAAAAGGGAAGCAUGGAGUCUCUUGAAGAGCUGCGUCACUGGGUUACCGAGGAAGCAUAGCGUCAGAAAUUAAGCAUGAUUUGUCCAGCAAACGAGGAAAGAGCUCAACCAAGUCUUAUUUCCGGACCACAGAAGAGAAAUGUGAUCGUCCCUGUAAAUUGUGCGACCAAAAACAUUCAAUUUGGAAAUGUGAUGUGCUCAAGGGAAUGGAACAUAGAAAGAAAUGGGAGACGGCAAAGAAACUUGGACUGUGUUAUCGUUGUUUGGGGAAAGGGCACCUUGGUGACUCAUGUACUUGGAGCAGAGAGUGUGGAAUUGACGGAUGCAAGGACAGACACUAUCGGUUACUUCAUGAGGAGAAAGUAGCCCCUGGGUUCAUAUAGGGAAGACUGACAUACCCGUGACAGAGGAAAAGUCCAGUACAUAUGAAACAGUACAAGAACAUGAACAGAGGAGUAUUGCCUUGCGUGCUGUUCCGGUCUUGGGGUUGGAUGUUAGGAAGGAAAAAGUAAUUAUCAAUGCUGCUAAUGGUCAGAAAGUCAAUUUAAUGUCAGCAACCAGAUUGGUUUGGAGAGUCUGGAUGGUCAGACAGGUUUAGAACUGAUGGAUGAAAGAAUACUUACCGCAGAUUGGAUCAAGACAGAAAUGGUACUUCCGUGACGUCAAUUUGCAGGUUGGAAAUGUUCUUGUUAUUGAUCCCAGUACAGUGAGAUGACAGUGGAAUGUUGGGCGCAUUGAGCCUACGUACCCUGGUCCUAACCCUAAUGGCCUUGUGCGAGUAGUGGGAUGUACGGGUUAAUGGCAAGACCCUUAAGCGAAGCGUAGUCAGCUUAAUGUGUAACAAGAGGAGUUCAAAGAACUGAUAUUUAAACUAAGGAUGUAUUUCAGUUAAAAUGUAUUCGAAUUCCAGAUCCCCUGUAAUUCGGGAGGGGAAGAAAUGUAAGAGACAUUUUGCGUUGCGUUUCACCUUACGUCAUGGUGUCAUGUGGCUUUAUCAUCUAGCUUUGUUGAAGAACUAGAGAGUUUUUAGAGUUUUUGACUUGGAACUUGGGCUCGAGAAGCGUUGAGUUGGAUUAAGCAAUUUAGUUUGGAUUUAAUUGUUACUGUUUAAGGAACAGAAACAACACUGACUGAGAAUAACCCUGAAAUCAAGCAAGAGCCCAAAUCAUUCGCUGUGUUGGUCAGCAAGGUUUAUGCUAGCGUCGUUCUUAUAGUGAAACGGUUUAGUUCCUGGAUCAAGUUGUUAAAAUUUAUUGCGCUGUGGCUUCGCUGUCAGAGUAGAUUUCGCAGAAGAAAGAGACAGCCUGGCCUGAAUGUUCAUGAAAUGUUGGCGCUCUCAGCCUGGAGCCAAUGUCUGGACGUGUGGAUGCUCUGAACCUCUAGUGACGAACACAAAGUCUACCCUUUAGACAGCCAUUGCAAAUCUAUGAAAUGAAUGGCCCAACGGCAGAAUACCAAAGACCCUGAUGAAGGCACCUAUUAACGACAUCAGACUGGAUAGAGAAACCAACAGAGUUCCUCAUUUCCCUUUCACAACACUGCAUCAGGACAUACCAGGCCAAGAAGAGUAGAAGAAGUAAACUCAUUCAUACAAUAGCCUUGAGAUGAAUAAAACAGUAGGUUAUCCGAUACUAGUCUAAUUAGCAGUAAUGUAUAGUGCACAUUAUUCCACUUUCUUUUACUUUCUACACGAAUUCAUUUAUAUACCAUUAUCUUGUUAAUAAAUUAUUGAAUAAUGCUAAACAUUAGCACAUUAAUUCUAUUUUGCAGGUGUGCGGCUUCAAGGUGCGAAGCCCUUUGCUAAAACUUCCAAGCUCCGACAUUGUCAAUGGUAUUGCCAUAGAUGCAAUGCACUGUGUGUUCCUAGGAGUGGUGAAGCAGCUAGUUGGCUUGUGGUUCAAUUCAAAACAUAGUGGUCCAAAAGAAAGCCCACCCUAUCAGAGUCUACAUCCUAUGUCCCAUUUUGUCCCAUUUUAACAGUAGGGGAAAGGCAAGAAACUUAACAUCAGCAUCACCUCAACUGAGACAAUCUUCAAUUUCAAUUUUAAACUCUCUGAUGCAGAUACCUGCAGACGCUUAACUGCUCCCAAGGGCGACCUA